AUAUCUGCGCCCAAGCGGCCGGCGUUGACGACACUGCGCAGCAGCCAGCGCGGCGUGGCCAUGUCCAACGAGAAGCGGCCGCCGCGCGAGCUGCUCAAGAAAAUCGGCCUCAGCGGCAAAGAAGUCGUGAAAAUCAUCAAGGAGCGCAAGUGGGAGAUCGUGGAACCGCACGGCCUCCAGCAGCAGAAACUGUACUACGUCCCCGGCGCAAAGGAGAGAGAAGAAGAGGUAGAACUGAAGCAGCGACGGGACUUUUUCGUGGGCGAGGGCGAGCUCUACGCUUUCAUUUUGAAACAAGGUGGACUACGCUAUUUGCUGCCGGAUGAGGACUUCUCCACCGAGUCGGACGAGUCCGAGGUAGAACCCACGCAGCCGUCCAAGCCCUCGCAGGAGGAAUCCAACGCCGACGCUAACUCUACCAAUCCUGCUACCGGAGAACAAAACUCUGCAAAAGAGAGCGACGGAUUAGGAGACUCGUCCGACUCUGCAGACGGUGAAGCUGCUGGCGCAGGCUCGGACCAGCGCAGGUGGAAGCGCCGGAAGAAACUCUCCACGGCUCGGAGCAAGUCCACGGAGAAGGCUGCACCGGAGAAGUCUGCACACGUCAAGGCCCCGCCGCCCAAGCGUCGACGGAAGACUGGGAAGAAGAAUUCUGCCGCUGACGACGACGAGCAGGACAGGGACGACAUUCGCGUGAGUCCGCGCAUUAAAUUGGAGCAGGCCACCUACGUCGGCGUCGGGCAGCAGGCAGAAUUCAGCGAGUACAUGUCGUCGUUGACGGCGCGCGGCUGGCGAGCGCAGUUGCUGCAGGACGUGGACGUGCACUUGCUUCGAUCGACCGCCGCUGUGGACCGACGACAUCGCGCGUUGGAGGCUGCGGUCGAAGGGCAGAAGAGGAGCGGGAGACCGACGGAAGGCGUCGGCCCGCACGUGCAGGAUGCAGCGGAGAUUCUCCAAGAGCUGGAGGGGCUCGAGUGCAGCAUCCGCGCGUCUCAGGACGACCUGUCGACCAUGACCGAGGCGGUGAUCGUGCAGGCGGAGAGAUCCACUGUUCCGGAUCGCAUCGACCCCGUAGGCCGCAUCGGGAUCCCAGGCUUCGUGUCGACAGGGUCGGGGAGUCUUGUACUCAUGCGCGAUAUCGAGCGCUACCUGCUGCUCUUCGUUGCUGCUGUGCGUCGCUACCAACGGACAAGGAGAGCCGUCUCAGCCAACGAACCCACAAGCGGUUCAUCCACCAAAGCGGGGAAGCGAGCAGACCUGCGGGCGCUUCAACUGCGCAUCGAAGAGUCCAAGACGGAGCUGCAGGAGCUGGCCGAGAUGGUCAGCGUAGAGGUGAAGAAGCAGACGCAGACGUGCCAAGACGCAGACUGGAGUGCUGCUGGCCAGGAUGCCGCUACGUCCGAUACUGCAUAUACGACGUCUCAGAACUCCUCUCAGAUUCAGCUGUCUAACGACUUACCUGCGUGUGGACAGACGGACUGCGAGGCGGACGUCGACACGGACCACGACGAGUCUUCCAGCCAGCAGAGCGGGGCGUCCUCGCCUCGAAGACUUGAAGGGGGUCAGUGG